CACAAUUUCAACUAAAUUUCAUAAAAAAUGCACUAAAUUUCACACAAACAAAUUCAAUUUCACAAAAAAUUACAAUAAUAAUAAAUUGUAUAAAAUUAAACUAAAAUACCUUGAGAGGAAGAGGAGGUCAGGUGGGGGAAGAUGGCGGUCGAGACACUGGCGGAGGCGAGUGGUGGAGACACUGGCGGCGGCGGCGAGGAGGGAGGGAGACACUGGCUGUCGAAGGCGAGGCGAGGAGGGAGACACUGGCUGCGUGGUCGACGGCGAGGCAAGGAGGACGAGCGCCACGACGUUAACAAACCGUGCGACGGCGGCCGGCGGUCUAGGAAAGCCGCGGAGGAGAUGUGUCGGUCGAAGUUGGGUGGACGGAAGAUUGCUGGGUCUGGAUGUCUGGAUCUGUGAACUGAUUUCGUCUACAGAUCUAAAAGAGGAUAACCCGAUUUUAGUUAAUUAUCUGCAACGGAAAUAAGUCCGUUGCAGAUUACACGACAUGUUUACCUCACUUUAUUCCGUAGCAGAUCUGCGACAAAAACAAAAGUUCCGUCGCAGAUAGUGUUCCUUUUUCAGAAAAUAUUACUCCGUCGUAGAUUCGUUGCAGAUCUGCUACGGAUAUGUGUCCGUAGCAGAUUUUCGUUGCAGACCAGAUAAAUUCUUGUAGUGUGCGUGGGUGUGAAGGCAUAGCUGCUGCACAGCAUAAGUGAGGUCAGGA